AUGGCUAUUUCCGUAUUUCCUGUAGGUCUGAACUGUGACAAAGGGUGUGGAACAAACGCCGUGUGUGUGGAGGGCAAGUGUCACUGUGGGAGGGGUUUCUAUGGUAACCCCUACGUCAAGUGUGAUGAUGUGUGCACCUGCGCUGCCUAUGGAGAUCCUCACUUCCGGUUAUACGACAAACAGAAGCUUACCAUCAGUGGACCCUGUCGCUACACACUUACAAAAUACGGAACUGAGGGCGACAAAUGUGCCUUCAACAUCGAGCUGAAGAACGAGCACAGGGGUAACCGAGUGCACGCGGCCUACACGCGCUCCGUCCACGUGAUGAUGAAAGGCUUGGUUAUAGAUCUCAACAAGGACAAGGAAGUGCUUAUAAAUGGCGUCGCACAAUUCUUUCCUGUUAGCGUGACGUCAGACACGCAUGCUGAAAUCGCCAUAUACAAUACUGGGCAGUACGCCAGACUGGUAACCGGAUGUGGCUUGUCACUUUCCUGGAAUGGUAGAUCGGAGGUUUUCGUGACAGUUCCGAAGAGAUACGGAAAUGAUCUAAGCGGCCUCUGCGGAAACUGUAAUGGAAAGCGGGACGACAUGAGAUUGAAGAAUGGGACGGACGUGUCCGGUAUUAGGACCAAAGGCAGUAAGAUAGGAGAGAGCUACCUUGUCAAAGACCCGUCUGAGGCUGCAGCCGAGGAGUGUACGGUGGAGGAGAUUGAAGAUCCGUGUACCGGGGACAUGGACCUCUUAGUCCAGGAACCCAUUUACUGCGGGUUGCUGUUUCCGCCACGCCAGGCAUCUAGCCCCUUCCGGGAGUGUAUCAGCACAAUCCCUCAAGUCAUCCUCGACAUGUACGCGUCAUGCCGCUUUGACGUGUGCACAUAUUUCCAUGACGAACAUCGCGUAAAUGAGGUUGUGUGCCAGGCCCUGGACAGCUUGGCAACAGAGUGUGAGGAGAGGGGAUAUGUCGUUAAGUGGAGGACGGAGACAUUUUGUCCCGCUAACUGUCCGAAGAACAUGCGGUACAGUACUGAGAUAAGUGGAUGUCCAGCUACCUGCCUUGACCCUCACCGUGCUCACACCACAUGUUCUCAGCCCCUGUCGGCUGGAUGUGAAUGCCAGCCAGGUUACCUGCUCAGUGGCCUUGCCUGUGUGCCGCUGACGGACUGUGGCUGUAGGUCCGACAUAGGUUACCUCCCCCUUGGGAAAUCGUCAUUGACACUGGAUUGUCAGGCGAUGCUGACGUGUGUAGAAAUUGGCGGAAAACCAACUCUGGAAACGAAAACCAUCACAUUACACUGCCACGAGCAUGCUGCGUGCGGGCUGCUGUCUGGACGUCCCCACUGCGCAUGUCUUGACGGAUACUUUGGGGACGGAGAAACAACAUGUGAACCUCUGUGUAAUGGGACCAAAUGUGGUUUGCACGCUCAUUGCCUGGAAAUGCGGUGUCGCUGCGGAGACGGUUACCAUGGAAAUCCCUACGUCAAUUGUGAACCAAUCGGGACCUGUGGCGGGGAGAAAUGCUGUGACAGUGCAGACUGUAUAAACUACAAUUGUGUGUGUCGACAGGGAUACGUGGGUGACGGCUACGACAAGUGUAAACGUUUGUGUAAUAAACGAAGGUGUGCAGACCAUGCUCUUUGUGUGGAUGAUGACUGUAAAUGUAUGGAUGGUUACCAUGGUUUUGGCUACAUUCAAUGUGAACCCGUCGCUGUGUGUGAUGGUCGAACAUGUACGGAGGGUGCCGAGUGUGUUAACUACAAGUGUGUGUGUCAGAGCGAUUACUAUGGCGACGGGUACAACGCCUGUACUGCUCUGUGUGAUGGCACGCGAUGCUGCCCUAAUGCCUCCUGUCAAGAUGAUAGGUGUAUCUGCGAUUCAGGUUACCAUGGAAACGGAUAUAUAAAAUGUGAACCUGAUGGAAAGUGCGAUGAUGCUAUAUGUACAAAGGGUGCCAAGUGCCUAAACUCCGUUUGUAUAUGUAGUUCCGGUUACUAUGGUGACCCCUACGUUAUGUGUAAAUCUCUGUGUGACGGAAGGAUUUGCGCAGAUCAUGCCUUUUGUGCCGAGGGCAAGUGCAGAUGUAACGAAGGUUUCCAUGGAGAUGGUGACGUCAAAUGUGAACCGUUACAAGUAUGCGAUGGCCGAAAUUGUGGGAUGAACGCUGUAUGCGUAAACUACCAGUGCACAUGUAGACGCGGAUUCUACGGGGACCCAUAUAUGAAAUGCACACCUCUGUGUAAGGGGAGGCGAUGCGUACAGAACUCCUAUUGCUAUAGGGACGAAUGCAUAUGUAGUGACGGUUACCAUGGUAACGGAUAUCUAAAAUGUGAAGCUACGUCGUUGUGUGACGGGAAGAUGUGUUGUCCUGACGCCAAAUGUGUCAAUUACCAGUGUGUGUGUAGGGACGGCUUUGUCGGAGACGGGUACAGUCAUUGUGAAGAAUUGUGCAGCAACAGAAGAUGUGUAAAGUUUGCAGCGUGCGAAGGUGGAAAAUGUAGAUGUAUGGAAGGUUACCAUGGCAACGGAUACAUACAAUGUUAUCAAUUGGACUACUGUGACGGUCGUCACUGUUGUGAGCAUGCCACCUGUCUGUACGGUAGAUGUGUAUGCUCGCCUGGUUAUGUCGGGGACGGGUAUGUCUCGUGUGAACCUCUGUGUGGCGGAGAGAGAUGUGGCGGUAACGCCGAGUGUCAAAACAGCAAGUGUGUGUGCUACGAUGGAUUUCACGGUACACCCACAAUUCGCUGUGAACCUGUUUACACCUGUGGCGGGAAGACUUGUGUGACCAAUGCCGCCUGCGUCAACUACGCAUGUCAAUGCCAGUCAGGGUUCAUUGGGAAUGGCUAUCUAGAGUGCAAGAAACUUUGUGGCGGGCGAAUUUGCUCACAAAAUGCCUAUUGCCAACACGACCAAUGCGUGUGCAGUGUGGGUUACCAUGGAAACGGUUACAACAAAUGCGAGCCCCUGGGUAUUUGUGGAGGUACAACCUGUGUUCAGAACGCCCACUGCUUCAACUACGUUUGUGUCUGUGACAGGGGCUACCUCGGGGACGGCAACAAACAGUGUGAACCUGUUUGUGACUACGGCCGCUGUGCUGAAUACGCGUACUGCGACGCAAAUGAGUGUGUCUGUCAGAACGGGUACGAGGGCAAUCCCUACAUCAGGUGUGAACCGGCCAGUGUUUGUGAUGGAAAGACGUGUGCUCCGUUUGCUAAAUGUAUAAACUACGAGUGUCAAUGUGAGCGAGGCUACAUUGGGGACCCCUACGAUAAGUGUGAACCUCUCUGUGGUGGACAGACGUGUUCAGACUAUGCUAUAUGUAAGGAUGACAAAUGUGUGUGCAGUUUUGGGUACCACGGGAACGGCUUGAUCCUUUGUGAACCACCAUACCUAUGUGGAAGGAAGAUCUGUACAGAGUUUGGAGAGUGUGUCAAUUACAUUUGCAAAUGUAAAGAGGGAUAUUAUGGAAACGGUUACAGUAAAUGCGAAAGACUGUGUGGUGGACGGUCGUGUGUAGAUCAUUCGUCCUGUAUCUACGGGAAGUGUGAAUGUGACGCCGGAUACAGUGGCGACCCAUACAUACAGUGUGAAGAAACGGGGAGUUGUGGCGGCAAGACGUGCACCGAGAAUGCGUCAUGCAAGAACUACCACUGUCUCUGUGACAGUGAUUAUUACGGAGAUGGGUUCAGACAGUGUUUACGUAUUUGUAAUGGGAUGCCGUGUGUGGAUCACGCGGAAUGUAAAAGCACCGGAUGUGAAUGUACACAGGGAUAUCACGGUGAUGGGUAUAUCAAAUGCGAGACCAAUGGGUUCUGUAACGGGGAUAGAUGUGCUGAAUACGCAGAGUGCCAGAAUUACAGGUGUAAGUGUCGACCUGGUUACCAUGGUGAUGGCAAUACCAAGUGUACAGCGCUUUGUAACGGCCGACUGUGUCGUGCUAACGCCGUUUGUGCGGAGAACCAGUGCCACUGUGCGGAGGGAUUUCAUGGAAACGGAUAUGUGUUGUGCGAACCGAUAUCUCGCUGUGGAGGAAAGGAGUGUUGUCUGAACGCGGAGUGUGUGAACUUCCAAUGUCAGUGUCGACAAGGUUAUAUCGGAGACGGCCUCACAAAGUGUAAAGCUCUUUGUGGAACAAUAAAAUGUGUGGAUUUUGCAUCCUGCGUUAACAACAAAUGUGUGUGCGACAAGGGAUACCAUGGAGACGGAAAUACCAGAUGUGAAGCGGACGGUUUCUGUGACGGAAAGACGUGUGCGGCCUUUGCACAUUGUGUGAACUUCAAAUGUGUCUGUAUGGAGGGAUACCUAGGUGGCGGGUACGAUAAAUGUGACGAGCUAUGCGCAGGACAGAUCUGUGCGGAUAACUCCGAGUGUCAUGAGGGUAAAUGUACCUGUGUUGUUGGGUACCAUGGUGAUGGACAUAUCAAAUGUGAAGUCGAUGGGAUAUGUGGAAAUCAGAGAUGUGCGUCAAAUACUGAAUGCAUCAACUUCCAAUGCAUUUGUAAGGAGGGAUACGUUGGCAAUGGCCAGGUUUUCUGCGAACCCCUUUGUAAUGGAAGAAAAUGCUGUGCUUUCGCAUAUUGCUCCCAAGGGAGCUGCAUGUGUAAGGAGGGCUACCAUGGAAAUGGCUACCAGAAAUGUGAAUCUGUAGAGUAUUGUGGUGGGAAACAAUGCGCUGCCAAUGCCGAGUGUUCCAAUUACGUUUGUCGCUGUAAACAGGGAUAUCUGGGAGACGGAAUAACUAAGUGUGAAGCACUUUGCGGUGGACGCAUAUGUGUCCAACAUGCGGAAUGUAGACAGGAUACGUGUUACUGUGUAGAGGGAUACCAUGGAAACGGAUUUUUGAAAUGUGAACCCGAGGGAGUAUGUAAUGGCCUACCCUGUGCUACCAACGCUCACUGUAAUAAUUAUAUGUGCUUAUGUGAAAAGGGCUAUUUUGGAAAUGGAUACAAAAAAUGUAAUCCUUUCUGCAAUGGUCGUUUAUGUGUAGAAAAUGCAUUUUGUUCCAACGAGAGGUGUACCUGUCAGGAAGGUUUCCAUGGAAACGGAUACUUGAAAUGUGAACCCAUUGGUCUUUGUGGUGGCCGGAAGUGUGCAGAGUACGGGACAUGUGAGAACUUCCGGUGUGGAUGUAGACAUGGUUACUAUGGGGACGGAUACAACUACUGUGAUCCUAAAGGAUAUUGUCGGGGAAAGAAGUGUGCUGAAAAUGCUAUUUGUGACGAGGGACGGUGCGUUUGCAAGGGAGGUUACUAUGGUGACGGUGAAGUGGAAUGCAAAAGAAGAUGCGUAUGCACUGCGUCCGGGGACCCUCACGUGCGCACACACGACGGACAGAGUAUAGAUAUUGACGGGAUAUGUCGAUAUACUCUCACAAAGUCAACCAUACCGUCUGAUGCAUGCGCAUUCAACGUGGAAAUAAACAACAGUCAUCAGCUCGGGUUGAAUUCGUCCACAUGGGUGAAAUCGGUCGAUAUACAUAUUUAUGACACGAAGAUAAAACUUGGUGGAGAAUAUAAGCUCUACGUGAAUAGCUAUCUGCGUUACACUCCAAACUUCUUCGCUGACGGUAAAGUGAGGGUGUAUAUGUCUGGCCUGUGGCUAGUAGUAUGGACGAAGUGUGGCCUGGUAGUAUGGUGGAAUGGUAGCGGUGCCGUGGUCGUGAGGGUUCCAUCAAAAUACCACGGGCAUCUCACAGGUGUAUGUGGCAACUGCAACGGACUGGAACAUGACGACCUCACCACCUCAGACGGAAAGAACGUGGCGAGCUAUCCGGCAGGGAAAAGAGAUGCACUCAUAGCUAGUAGUUACAUGGUUCAAGAGACCCAUCGACCUGGAGUUAUUCCCAUUCAAAGGGAUUGCACAAUUUCCGUUCCUGAAAUUUUGUGUAGCGAGGAAAGAAAGAUAGCCGCUUCUCAAACAAGUAUGUGCGGGCUGCUGGACAUUUCCAGGGUUGAAAGUCCGUUCCGUAAGUGCAUGGUGUUCUACCCAUACCUAGCAAGACGUGUGUACCAAGCCUGCGUCCGAGAUGUAUGUAGUUACAUCGACUUUCACCUGAAGGUGGAUCUGAUCAUAAGGACGUAUAUGGCAGAAUUCGCCCAGGAAUGCAGUCAGAGAGGAUUCACGAUAAAAUACAGAACAUCGACGUUUUGUUCCCUGACGUGUAAAGAAAAUAUGCGGUAUUCAGAGACGGUGAGUGGGUGUCCGGCCACAUGCACACACCUUAACCAGACAUGUGACCUUCCCACAUCUGAGGGGUGCGAGUGUCUGCCCGGCUAUAUCCUAAAUGGGGACAACUGCGUCAAACCAGACCUCUGUGGUUGCUUUUGUCCCGUAGAUACUUAUGUUCCAAUUGGUGGUACGUAUGCAACAGACGAUUGUAGUGAGAGUAUGACCUGUAAGCAUAUAAAUGGACUAGCCCGAUUUAGACGGACUGAAAUAAACAUUGAAUGUCACACGCACGGAAUGUGUGGUUUGGUGGACGGAAUACCCAGUUGUGUUUGUAUGCCAGGUUACCUCGGCGACGGCAGGCGGUCGUGUGUGCCAAGCACGUAUUCUGAAUGACAGAACUUCACUAGAGCGUGAUAAAUGUGCAUUUAUAAUCACCAUAUUUGAAUAAAACUAUAAUAUUU